GCGCGAGCCCGGUGUCCCCGCGGCGGGCAGCAGCGGCGGCGUCGGUGGAACGCGGAGGGGGCGGAGGGAGUCCGCGGCGGCGGCGGCUGCAGUAGAGAAAUGGCGGAGACCGUGGCGGACACCCGGCGGCUGAUCACCAAGCCGCAGAACCUGAAUGAUGCCUACGGGCCGCCCAGCAACUUCCUCGAGAUCGAUGUGAGCAACCCGCAGACGGUGGGGGUCGGCCGGGGCCGCUUCACCACCUACGAAAUCAGGGUCAAGACAAAUCUGCCUAUUUUCAAGCUGAAGGAAUCUACCGUUAGAAGAAGAUACAGUGACUUUGAAUGGCUGCGAAGUGAAUUAGAAAGAGAGAGCAAGGUUGUAGUUCCCCCGCUCCCUGGAAAAGCAUUUUUGCGCCAGCUUCCUUUUAGAGGAGAUGAUGGAAUAUUUGAUGAUAAUUUUAUUGAAGAAAGGAAGCAAGGACUGGAGCAGUUUAUAAACAAGGUCGCUGGUCAUCCUCUGGCACAGAAUGAACGUUGUCUUCACAUGUUUUUACAGGAUGAAAUUAUAGAUAAAAGCUAUACUCCAUCUAAAAUAAGACAUGCCUGAAAUUUGGUGAGAAGGGGCAAAAAAAAACAAAAAACAAAAAACAAAAAAAAACCACACCUCUCCGUGACUAUUAAUGGUUCAUACGCACCAGUGAAGAAGUUCUAACUAACUGUCAGCAUGCCGCACAAAAAC